AUGCAUCACCAUCCAAAGCAUGCUUCCAGCGCGAACCACAAGGCGCUUGCCUUCUUACAUUCUGCCAACGCAGCAAAUGUCUCUACAUGUCCAGCCCAGAUUUCCAAUUGGGGUCAACAGUCUCAAAGCUUUCAUGCGCCGGCCCAGUUCUCCAAUUCACGGUCUUCACAACCAAACCCAUCAAAUGGGCGUUCUGCAAAGGAGCUUCAACAACCUGCUCAUGCCAUAUCUAUAAUGAAUGCAAACCGUGUCUUUGGUAAUAACAAUUCUUAUGCAAAUGCUUCAGGUCUGUCAUCUUCUACAUAUGUCUCAAUUAAUUCUGCCUUCACUAAACCUUGGAUUUUGGAUAGCGGAGCCACUGACCACAUCAUUUCUGAUUCUACACUUUUCACUAAGACAGAAUCUUGCCCAAUGCCCAUUGUUAAUUUACCCACUGGAUCCACAGUCCCAAUCACUUCCACUUGCACCGUACCUUUCAACUCAGACAUCACCUUAGACAAAGACUUGGCUACGGGGAAGAUAAUUGGCUCGGGUAAACAACGUGGUGGUCUCUACUACAUGUCUCCAUUACAGAGCACACCCAUCUCAAAUCAAGUUUCACACCCCACCAAUUUGUGGCAUAUGCGACUUGGUCAUCCGUCAUCUUCUCGUCUCAAAUUGAUCAUCGACAUGCAUUUGAAAAGGUUGAGCAUAUGGUACGAGUUUGUGCAUCAACCUCGCAAACCUCAUUGGGAUGCUGCUUUACGGAUCCUUAAAUACAUCAAAGGUACUCCUAGUCAAGGUUUGUUUUUUCCUGCCUCCAACAAUCUUGCCUUGAAAGCCUUUUGUGAUUCAGAUUGGGGAGGUUAUCGUGCCACUAGAAGGUCAGUUACUGGAUAUUGUGUAUUUCUUGGAAACUCUCUCAUCUCAUGGAAGUCUAAGAAACAAACCAUUGUUUCUAGAUCAUCAGCAGAAGCCGAAUAUCGAGCUAUGGCUAACACAUGUUUGGAGCUCACUUGGCUGCGCUAUAUAUUACAGGAUUUAAAAGUCCCACAAAGAGCUCCAACAUCAUUGUUCUGUGAUAAUCAGGCAGCUUUGCAUAUUGCAGCAAAUUCAGUUUUCCAUGAGCGUACGAAACACAUUGUCACAUAG